ACAUAAUUUUUCUGAGACGGAUCAUAAAAUUAUUAAUUUUUUGUGGAAACAUUUUUUUUUUUUUUUUGAUAAAGAAAUUUCAGUGAAAAAUUAAAUAAAUAAUUAUUAAUUAAACAAUGGAUCAUUCCUCUUUGUUACCUCAUAUUUUGGAAAGCCUUAGUCAAAAGCCUGAAUUAUGUGACACUCUUGAAAAUCUCUGUGGAGAGAUUAAUUACAUUUUGUCCUCAGAGAAUCUGAAACGUCGCUAUGGAAAUGUUGAAAAGGCCAUAGAAAAUGCUUUGGAUGUUGGACAAAAUUUGGGGGUUAUAACAUUAACAGACGAUCUUGUACGGAUGCCAUAUAAAAAUAGCGCACAAAAAAAGUCAGCUUUAACUGAUGAAUCGGAAAAUUUUGCAAUGCAACCCCGGCGUACGCACACUGUCCGACCAAAUAUGAUACCUCAUGGCCGUUCUAGAAGAAGGGUUUCUAGAAGUCGUCGACGUAGACGUGGAAGUCGUCGUCGCUCCCGCUCCAGACGUCGUUAGUGAUGCGUCUUUCUAAUAUUGUUUGGAAAAAUAUGGUAUUUAUGUAUUUAAUAUACAUAUUUAUGUUGUAUUUAAAUUUUUGUGUAAUAAAAUUAGAAUUGUGCCUAAUGUUUUUAUUACGAAA